UGACCCGGAUGUUGUCCCGCCCCCGCCCCCUCAAUAAAACAAAAAAAAAUACACGCGAACAUUUUUCCGUCGUGUUGCUUCUGUAAUGGAUAAACUGAGUAAAUCAAGUUCGCAGGAUUUGUUGUCAUGCGGUAGCGGUGGAGGUCUCGUUGAGAAGCUGCUGCUGAAACCACCAGAUGGGCUGAAGACAGAAAGAGUUCCACGCAGCAGCGUGAUGGAACGGCUACAGAGUUUCCUCCCGCAGAUCGCGGAAGCCAAUCAGAAGCUGAAGCAGCAGAUCGAAGAAACGUCCGCAACACAUUUCGACAUCGAGGACGUGGAGGCGGCAGAGAAAGUUAUCGAGAUGGACGUUGCGCUGGUAGAGCUCAGCGGAUCUGAUAGCGAGUCGGAGGAGGACAAGGAGAGUUCUUCUGACUCUGAGGAAGAGGAAUCGAACAUGGUUUUAACCGAACGGAAUCUCAAACUACCGGGACACAAAGGCAAGAAGGAGAGCAUCAAGAUCCAGGUUGUGGAGCAGCCGGAGAAAUAGCUAUGUCGUCCACAUGGGAGAUUUAAGACUUUGUAUUGACAAGACCGCACUGUCUCGAGUGAUUAAAAGGACAUAAAAGCUCCUUGACUGAA